AUGGACCAACAACAGCAGCAGGGCAGGCAGCCGUCGCCAGCGGCCUCGGGCACCGGCCUCGACAAGCUCGCCCACCCAAACCUCUACUCGACCUCUCCCGGCCAGCACCCGGGCCUCCCUCAGCGAUCGCCGUCCAGCUCGUCCCUGCACAAGUCCGUCCACUCGCACGCCCACCGCUCCAGCUUCGCCGAGAACCUGCGCAACCACCAUGCCCCGCCCUCGCCCCGCACCUCCCGCCACCCCUCCUUCACCCAGGCCGCCGUGCAGGACCUCAUCAACCACCCGCCCUCGUCCCGCCAGCCCAACCCAAAGUUCGCCGGCCGCGACUGGCGCGAGGUCCAGGUCGGCGAGCUGGUCGCCCUCAACACCGACGAGGUGCGCUGGGUCGACCUGGACAGCAGCGUCGAGGAAGCCACCAUGGCCCUGGUCAAGGGGAACGCCGCCGGCAACUGCGUGCUGGUCAAGGACGGCCCCCAGAAGAAGGCCGUCUCCAGCUUCGACUACAGGGACCUCAAUGCCUACCUGCUCGCCGUCGUCGGGCUGGCCAGGCCCGAGGAUGAGCACGUCGCCCUGUACGACACCAUCGCCACGCGCGCCAGGGAGAGGGAGGCCAUCCCGCUCAAGGACAUACAGCCCAUCUGCCGCCCCGAGCAGCUGCUGUCGCUCCCCCCCGAGACCUUUCUCCCCGGCGCCAUCGAGGUCUUUGGGAGCGGUAUCCACCGCCUCCUGAUCACCAGCGAGGAGGGCGAGGUCACCGGCAUCGUGUCCCAGCUCAAGUUGCUCGAGUUCUUCUGGAACGAGGGCAUCAACUUCCCCGUCAUCGAGAGGCUGUACCCGGUUCUUCUGAGAGACCUGCAGAUUGGGUCGCAGCAGAUCAUCUCCAUCAACGCCGACGCACCCCUCGCAGAAGCCCUGAUGCUCAUGUCCAACGAGGGCCUCACCUCGGUCGCCGUCAUCGACAACGCCUCCAACGUCGUCGGCAACAUCUCCAGCGCCGAUGUGCGCCUGCUCACCUCCGCCGCCUCCCUCCCGCUCCUCCAGUCCACCUGUAUGCACUUCAUCACCGUCAUCCUCUCGGAGCGCGGCAUGGAGAAGGGCCGCGACUCCGUCCCCGUCUUCUACGUCAACCCCUACCAGACCCUCGCAGCCACAGUCGCCAAGCUCGUCGCAACUCGCUCCCACAGGAUGUGGGUCGUCGAAAGCGCAAGCCCCAGCCCCAGUGCCCCUGCCACGCCCCUUCUCGGUCCCGUCGGCACAAAUACCAACACCUGGAGCGCCGGCGGUAACGCGGCCGCCACACAGAGCACAAGCGGGCCUACCACCGCCGUCGCCGGCGCAGCGGCGGGCAACAGCAAUACCAACAGUACAGCAGCCUCCCCUUCCGUGUCCGCGACAACCAUCAACACCCAGAACCAGAACCAGAGCCAGGUGUCGGCGCCGCCCUCGCCCCUGCCCAUGUCCUCGUCCGUCUUCUCGCCCACCACCCCAGGUGCGGGGUCGUCGUCCAUACCCGCGGCUGCGCUCCCUGGCGCCCACCUGUCAGGCCGCCUGACCGGCGUCAUCUCGUUGACCGACAUCCUGAACCUCUUCGCGCGGUCGUCCGGGCUCAACCCGGCGGACCCGGGCGAGCAGCGCGCCAUGCGGCGGCGGAGCUCCAGCGCGUCGGUGAGACCGAGCCUGGACGGGGACAGGAGCAGGGGGAGUUUGGAUUUCCGGAGGUGA